AUGGCUGCAGUCACAACAAUCACUGAGAUGGCUAAUGAGGGAAGUGCUGAUGAAAAAAUCUUUUAUGCAAAGAUUGAUGCUCAUAUUCAGACUUUGGCGCCAAAGAUGCCUGAGACAUGGGUUGUAACAAAGACUAUGUGUAAAGAUAUAAUGAAUGUUUUAAAGCAAGAUAAAGCUGGUGGAAACACAAGUAUUGAUCCACAAUAUCGUACAUGA